AUGCUGACUCGCAGGAAGUUGAUAUGCACUCUAUUGCUCUCCUUAGCAUUCCUCAAUCCAGCUCUCGCUAAGACAUACGCUCUCACCGACACAGUCGUCGGAUCUUCCUUCUACAACUUCUUUGAGUGGGAAGCAAUUGACGACCCAACACACGGGAGAGUGAACUACGUCGACGAGCAAACUUCACGAGCCCUCAAUCUGACAUUCGCCUCUCCAGACUCAUUCAUCCUGCGAACCGACUUUGAGAACGUAUUGGACCCCAAUGGUCCAGGACGUAAUUCAGUAAGAAUAAGAUCAGUAAACACAUAUACGAGUCAUGUCGCUGUGUUCGACGUUCGACAUAUGCCUCAAGGGUGUAGCACCUGGCCGGCCAUCUGGGAAACGAAGGAAAGUGAUUGGCCAGUAGGGGGAGAAAUCGACAUCGUCGAAGGUGUGAACGACCAAGUUCCCAAUGCGGCAACCGUUCAUACUUCUCCUGGUUGUGUUAUGCCUGCCGACAGAGCACAGACUGGAACAAGCGCCCAACUGGAUUGUAACACCGAAGUUAACGAAAACGCCGGGUGCUCCGUAAGCUUCCAAUCACCAUCGACGCCAAACAGCUACGGACCACCAUUCAACGCUAACGGUGGAGGGUGGUACGCCAUCGAGCGAUCAGAUUCGUUUAUCAAAAUAUUCUUUUGGCCACGCAACGAUGAUUCGGUCCCACGAGAGGUCUCGACGGGCGCUCGGCGCGUCAACCCUGAUGGUUGGGGAACGCCCGCUGCGUUUUUCCCAUCGACGAGCUCUUGUGAUUUGGCGGAGCACUUCGAGGAGAAUAAUAUCAUUAUCAAUCUAACAUUAUGCGGCGACUUUGCAGGAGCUGUGUACCCAGCUUCAGGAUGCCCAGGUACCUGCGUCGAUUUCGUGAACAACAAUCCUUCGGCAUUUCAAGACGCGUUUUUCGAUUUCAGCUCUAUUCGCGUGUAUCAGUGA